UUGUUUGAAAGGAAUUCGGAGGGUACCCGAUAUACUAAAAUACACAGGUAUAUACCAUCAUCUCUACGAGCCCAUACAGGAUCACUGCGCACCCAUAACGUUGGCGUAGAGACGGGACAGGUUGAGAAGGAAGGAUGUUGCUUGUCAAGAACUUCAACUUCUGGAAUUAAUAUGGUUGUGAAUAAGGCGUUGUGAAUGCACGAAAUACAUAUAUGUUUCACUUUGGAAUAUAUAAAUAUAUUCGACACUUAUUCUAUACCGAAUCAACGCCAUAUUCCUUCAUCUUUUGAGGGGAAGUCUUUGACUGAUAUUGUCUAGCUGACUUAUAUGCCAUGAUGAUUCUUUUUCGAUCACGACUCGAGAUUGUCGUCGUCCUCAUGGCGACUUUGCUGCUGUCGACGACGUCGGCUGCCGACUCGUUCGGCUUCAUCAUCGAGCCCAGUGAUACAACUGCUGUUCAGGGUACAACGACGACUCUGUACUGUUCUGUCAACCAAGAUGCUACUACCUUCAUGUGGGUGAGGGAUACAGUGGUCAUCGGUCAGAACCUACAGAUCGUGGGAGACGCUGACCCAGACAGGUAUUCGGUCUCCUACAGCAGCCAGUCCUACAGCCUCAUCAUCGAAGACGUCAGACCAGAGGAUGCAGGUACGUUCAAGUGUGUUGCCUUCUCCGGUGGAGCCGGCCUCUUGUCUCGAAACGCCAAGCUCGAGGUGCAUGCCCCACCCGUUCAGGAAUACCCUUCCAUCACCAGCACGGUGACGGGAAUGAUCGUCGUCGGCGAGACCAUCGAGAUCGUGUGCGAAAUCGAAGGCGGGAAUCCCAUCCCGGAGAUAGAGCUCAUCAAAGGCAAUGAGAUCAUCGUGGUCGCAUCGGGUCGUUUGGUCUACGUAUGGGUGACGGAACAAGGCGAUGAGGGCGCGAUGUUCGAGUGUCGGGCUCAGCAUUCUCUUUGGACAGAAACAAGGUCGUCCUUCAUCGGUCCAUUCGACCUCGUCACGGAAUUACCGAAUAUCGUGCUGGCGCCCCCGACGGCGGAGAUCACCCUCGGCUCGCAGACGUCAUUCGUCUGUACCGCAGCGCCGGCUCCAAGGGCAGUCUACCGCUGGUUUCUGAACGACGAGGAGUUGGAAAGCAACGUUGAUGGUUCGGUGGUGAUCGACAGCACCUUCUCGGCGACUGUACUGCACUUGAUAGGUACAAGGGACACCAAUGGUCUCGUACGGUGCCAGGUUGAAGCACCUAAUGGACAAGCUUCUGCAGACUCUUCCUUAACCCUGAUCCUAACGGAAGUCUCCACCCAGGCACCUACCGGACCUGUUGCUUCAACAGAGAGGGUCACUCAAGCACCGAACACCCGCGUUCCCUCCCUUCCUACUGAGGCACCGAGGGAGACGGAUGCACCAAGCACUAAAGCAACAACCAUUGCUCCGCAAGAGACAAAUACCCCUCGUCCCUCUUCUACUACCCUACCACGUACUACCCUACGACGACAGGCAAUAACCGACGAACCAUUACCAUCCACCCAAGGACUCACCGACUCCAUGACAACUGGAGAAACCCCAUCGGAUGGUAUGGUCCGUGGCGCAUCUUCCUUCGACACCAUCUUCGUGGCCUCGGUCAGUACCAUCGCCUCCCUCAUUGGCGUCAUUUUCGUCGCUGCAAUGGGCGCCGUCUGCUACGUCACCACGAAACGUCGCCGCGAGAGGCGCGCCAAUAUGCAAUCCGGUGGCAACACGAAUGGGGACGUCUUCUUCCGUAGCCGCUACAUCGGCAUCGUUCGCUCCUGGUUUUCACCCGUCCACCAAGACACGCGAAAAACCCUGACCUCGUUUGAGGGUCCUACUCCCGACCAAUCCCCAUAUAAUACUAUUACUUCAAGGCGAUAGGUUCAGUUUCAUAAUGAAGCUGAUAAUACGCUCAAUAGGCAAACCGGUUUACACGGCUUGAAUAUUUAAUCUUUAUUUGCCACAUUAUUUUCCUUUAAAAAAAAAGAUUCACAUUCUUUCUUAAGCAAUGAUAUUGCAGAUGUAUUAUCUGAAUAGUAGUUUAGAUUCUGAAUAUAAUAGAAAAUUUGUCACCAGAUACUGCAUUUGCAAUUAUUGAGGAAUAUUUAUUGUACCGAUUGGCAUUUGUGGCAAAUAAGGGGUAAAACAAAUCGUUGCUACCUUUCCUCGAAGCGGGGAAACAUUUUAAUGGUAGAUAUUUUACCUGUAAAAGAAAUGUACUCUCAAUGUAAGAUCAUCCAUAUAAUUAUGUCGUGGAUUGUGUUAUUGCGGAUUUUCCCGUAUUUUUUAAACCAUUAAUUGGUAUCUUUCCACAAAAAUGUGAGACAAUUUUGUUAGUGAUGGACAUUUUAAAUAUUUUAAAGAUUUUACUCUUGAGGGUGAACUGACUCAUUUACUGACUUGCUACCUUGCCGUUUGUUGCUCUGCCGUGGGUUGUACCGGAUGGUACGCUUUUUAUUCACUGUUUUAGCACGAAGGCAAAUGAGCGAAAUUGUAUUUGAUAUUCAACAAAGGUCUUUCAAAUCUCUUCAGUAAUAGCAUAGUCACGCCAAAGAGACCGAAGCGAGACCGAAUUACAUUACCGCAAAUUGCCAAGAAUCGGGGAGACGAUAUGGAGUCAGUUUGGCCGUGUAACUGGCCGGGGUGUCAGAGCUUGCAUUUUAGGAGGGUAAUUGAUGUACGGCAUUAUCUAUCAUUUUGUUUUACUAAUCAUUUUCUUAUACGUUGACUUCAAAAUGUGACUCGUGCUUUUGGAAAUAUCAUGUCCAAAUGGGCAAUAAGUAAAAUCUUUGCCGAAUGCGGACGAUUUUAUAUCAUAAUGCACAACAAAAGUGGGUCGUUUUUGUAUUAGUGUUGUUAAUACAGAGAAUUUCCUCAUAGUUUUUCGUUUCUUUUCGUAUAAUUUCAUUUCUUAUUUUACUUAUUUAUCUAUUCACCUUUUUAGCAUAUUAUAUCAAAGGUUGCAAACAUCUAAUCAAAUGUACUUCUCUUUCUUUAUUUCACAUUAUCUAUUCAUCGUCUAAUUAACUUAACAUUAACUCUUCUUAUAAAAAAAGGGUACCGCCAUAGAUUCAUUCUACAUUAAAAACGCAUUGAAAUGUUCUUUAACAAAAUACGGUUUUUCCUCUCUGUAUCUGAUCCUAGCACCCCUCAGUAAUUCAGCUUGAAGAAAAGUAAGAAGCCAUUCUAUUCUGAAACUUGUUUGUUCUAUUUUUGUCUGAUGUAAAAGGUGGUGUGUAAUCUGUUUCACUUUUAUCGGAUUUUUAAAACAAAAACAAAUCCAAACGAGUCUUAAAAUGUUUUUAUCUAAUGUUACCAGUAGAUAGAUAUGAAACAACAUAAUGUAAUGUAUUUUUUUAUGGAAUACCCUAUAUGCGAGUCUUAAAAUGUUUUUAUCUAAUGUUACCAGUAGAUAAAUAUGAUUCGACACAAUGUAAUGUAUGUUUUUAUGGAAUACCCUAUAUAUUUCAAAUAAAAUGUUUGUUUUAAGAA